AUGCAGAUAACGUACAACGCAGUGGUGAAUCCAGGAGAUGCCAAGUUCAGGCGAUUGAAGCUGAGCAACGCCAAGAUCAAGGCGGCGAUUGUGGACACGGAGGGCGCGCUGGCGACGAUGCGUGAGCUGGGGUGGCAGGAGGGCGAGGAAGACGGCGAGGCGGUGCUCAGCCUGAAGGGCGCGGCCACCAUGGCGCAGGUGCGAACGAUUCAAGAGACUCAGCAGGCGUUCAAGAAGAAGAGUGCCAAGGAUCUGAUCCAGCGCAGCAAGAGUGCCGCCAGCCUGUCAGGCUCCGAGGAGCAGGAGAGUCUGCGGCAGCAGUUGGAGGCGGAUAAGGCGGAGCGGGCGGCUCGUGAACCUGUCACCAAGCCCAGUGUGGCACAGCCGCUGCCGGGGUCAGGUGCAAACAUCGCCACGGCCAGGGAUGUCGGCAUCAACAUUGGGUGCGACUGUUGA